UAGAUGGUUUUGUGGGUGGGAACUGAACUUCGGCUCCCUAUUUAUAACUGGCCGAAGAAAUAUUUUUUGCAACUGCACUAAAAGGUCAAUGAAGGAGUUGGCUUGAAAAUAUCUGUAGAUGUUUUCGGACAUGCGCAGAUGAGAGAUGCCAUAUUGGAACGAGGGCAGCAGCUGAAAGACGUCGCUCGCGCUGCUCCUGCUCAGCUCACGCGAACGAGGAAAAAAAAAAAAAAACAGGGGGUCUCGGGAAUCAGACGCGACAAAAAACUUGGACAGAGUGUUGGGGAAAGGUGGCGAUGCAGUGAAGAACUGACGUACGACGGGUCAAAGGUUAAAGUUCACGAGGAAGAGGAGGUGCAGGAUGCAGUCUCGUACCCAGGACCAGCCGCUGGCCCCCGCUGCAGGGAAACCCCACAACCUCACCAAUGUCAAGGAAGAGGUGAACACAGAUGCAGACUCCAUGGAAGAGGAGGCGGAGUUUAACUGGGAGGAGUACAUGGAGGAGACGGGGGCCAACGCCGCCCCUCAUACCAUCUUCAAACAUGUGGAGAUCAGCCUGCAGAGCAGCUUUCAGCCUGGUAUGAAGCUGGAAGUAGCCAAUAAGAGCAGCCCAGACACCUACUGGGUGGCCACCAUCAUCACCACAUGUGGCCAGCUCCUGCUGCUGCGCUUCAGCGGCUACGGUGAAGACCGCAAGGCCGACUUCUGGUGUGAUGUCAUGACCGCUGACCUGCACCCUGUGGGCUGGUGCGCCCAGAACAACAAGACCCUCAUGCCUCCUGAAGAUAACAUUUACCUAAGAAAAGCCAUCAAGGAGAAGUACAGCGACUGGACCGAGUUCCUGGUUCAAGACCUGACCGGCUCCAGGACGGCACCAGCCAACCUGCUGGAGGGGCCUCUGAGAGGUAAGAAUACAGUCGAUCUGAUCGUAGAGGGUUCAGUGCUGGAGCUUCAGGACUUCAUGGACCCUCUCAUCUACUGGCCCGUCCGGGUUGUCCAGAACGUCGGAGGGAGGCUCCAGCUACGCUCCGCCGGUCUACAUGACGACCAGAAAACCCAGGACAUCUGGUUGUUCUACUUGGACGUGAGGCUCCGCCCUCUCGGCUGGGCCCUGGAGAACAGCCUCGCCUUAGAGCCACCCACAGAGCUCCGGUCUCUGAAGAGCGCUGCUGAGUGGCAGCAGGCUCUGGAGGAGGCACAGCUGGACGGAGGGAAGAGCCCACUGCCUCUAGAAGUAUUCAAGGACCAUGUAGACCUGCCCAAGCACUCCUUCAAGACAGGGAUGAAGCUGGAGAUGGUUUCUCCAUGGGAGCAGCUCCAGAUCUGCCCCGUUUCUGUCACCAAGGUCUACAAUGAGAACUACUUCCAGAUCACGCUGGACGAUCAGUCCGUCGACCCCAAGCCCCGGUCUGUGGUGUGCCACACCCAUUCACCCGGCAUCCUGCCUGUCCAGUGGUGUCUGAAGAACGGAGUCAGCCUGGAGCGGCCCAGGGGCUACGAGGGCCAGGACUUUGACUGGGCUGACUACCUGAAGCAGAGCGGGACUGAAGCUGCCCCUGAAGUCUGCUUCCCUGAUGCAUGGCAGAACAGAGGCUUCGCCAAGGACAUGUGGCUGGAGGCGGUGAACCCUCGCCGACCGGCUGAGGUGUGUGUGGCUCAGAUCACACAGGUCAGAGGACGCCUGCUGUGGCUCCGACUGGAAGGUGUGGCGAAGCCCCUGUCAGAGUGUAUUGUGGAUGUGGAGUCCAUGGACAUCUUCCCUGUCGGCUGGUGCGAGGCUAACGCUUACCCCCUGACCCCUCCGCUCAAACCUGUCUGCCAGAAGCAGAAGAAGAUAGCAGUGGUCCAGCCAGAGAAACAGUUUGCUCCUCCACAGCCAAUAGAGACAGUCCCUGUCAACGUCUGCCAGCCUGUCACCAUGGAUCCAGGCUCGGCCAAUGGCAAAUACUGUUGCUCCAAGAUCUUUGUCAACCACCGGUGCUUUUCGGGCCCCUACCUCAACAAGGGACGCAUUGCAGAGCUGCCGCAAGCCGUCGGACCCGGAAAGUGCACACUGGUCCUCAAAGAGCUGCUGAGCAUGCUGAUCAACGCUGCCUACAAGCCUGGACGAGUCCUGAAGGAGCUGCAGGAGGUGGAGGAUCAGAGCUGGGAUUGCCACGAGGAGACCCUCAAAGCCAAAUACAAAGGGAAAACCUAUCGCUCCACCAUCCGGAUAGUCCGCCUGGCGGAGCAGAUCCCAGACUUCUGCCGCAAGGUGUGUGUGAAGCUGCAGUGCUGCCCAAACCUCUUCAGCCCCAUUCUUGUUACUGACAAGUGCCCAGAGAACUGCUCUGCACAGACAAAGACCAAAUACACCUAUUACUAUGGGAAGAAGAGGAAGCUGCCCAAGCCAACGGGAGAAGAGCAGUCUGCAGAGGGAGAGCUGGCCAAGCCAGCGCGCCGCAGGAAGAAGAGGAAAGCUAUCUUUGUGCAGAAGAAAAGGCGCUCGUCUGCCGUCGACUACACUCCUGCCGGCUCACCACAGGACAGUGACGAGGAGGAGGACCAGGAGAUGGAGUUACAAUCAGGCAGUGAGGAGGGCACCAGCUCUGAGCCACGGGAGGACCACACCGACACUUCCUCAGUGGAGGUGACCAGCAGCCGUCCGCGCCGGGCCGUGACGCUGCGCCGGGCCGUCAGCGCAGGCAGCACCACGGGCAGCCAGGAGCGCGGUGAGGGCCGCAGGAGGUCCACCCGCUCCCUGUCCGCCUACAACCAGAACAACAAGUACCAGCCACCCAAAGGACAGGACAUGCAGGUGGAGGGAGUGGAGGAGGAGGAGGGGCAGCUAGUUUUAGAGAGGAACCCUCUGGAGUGGAGCGUAGACGAAGUCGUCCAGUUCAUCAGCUCUACUGAUUGUGCCUCCCUGGCCAACAUCUUCCAGGAACAGGACAUUGACGGGCAGGCCCUGCUGCUGCUGACUCUGCCCACGGUGCAGGAGUGCAUGGACCUGAAGCUCGGUCCGGCCAUCAAGCUGUGCCACCAGAUAGAGCGCGUCAAAGUUGCCUUCUACAGACAGUACGCCAACUGAGCAAGGUGCACCGACACAUUUCACCCACUAGUCACCCACUGACCACGCAGUCAAGUCUGCCGUCGAGAGGAAUGCUGCGGCCACGACUGGGAAAUCUUUGGAUUAUAUUUCUCCUGUUGGGAAAACUGCGGACUACUUUGGGGGAAUUUCUGAAUUUUGAAAUGUUGACCUUUUUUGUGGAUUUCCAAAUUGUAAGAAGGGACAUUUGUGGAGCGGUCACAUUGGGAAAGUACCAAGUAAGUGACAGCAGAGUAAUUUUGCGGAGGAUGUUUUCCUUAUAAGGAGCUGAAGGAUUCAUUUCUGGGAUACUGAAGGUCUGAAGACGUGAUGCAGUACCCACAUAGACUUCCCUCUGCCCGCUCUGGCAGAGCAGAACACAUUGGAGUCGCUCCAUGUGCUUUACCAAUCUGUGAAGAAGUUAUUUUGAGAAGCAGAGGACUCGUUUCAGAAGACAUUUUCUUUUUCAUUACUUUCCAUUUGCAGACAUUUUAUUUGUGAUAGAGAAGCAUCAUAGCAUUUAAGUUAUUAUCCAUUAUUAUUGACCAUAAUUAAUGCAUUUCCCCCUUUUGUAACAUAAUUGGUUUCUGAUCAAAUAUAUUGGGAAACUAUUUAACAACCCAUGAAGUAAUAUAUUUGAAAUAUUUAUUGUUUUCCUUAUUUAAGAGGAGUAAUAUAUCUAUUUGGAUGUAGAGAGAAAAAAAAGAAUUGAUAUAGAAUAAUGUUUCUUUUCUCGAUUGAAAAAGAAAAACCCUGAGUUAUGUCUGUUAAGUUAUUUCUCAAAACGGAAACCCACACUCUGCAUUUAUUUCGAUUUACAUUUUAGUUUGUAUUCAUAGAGGGGAAAAAAGGCCUCCCACAUGAUGAGUCAGAAAAAAAUGACACCCUCUGAGUUGUUUGAACCCAGUUGUGCUCUCUUCUCAUUGUUACAAUCACAUGAAACAAUCAUGUAAGCUAUUUUGUGUCCAUCUAUGCAAAUGUGUUGCAGAUAUUUUUGAUAAAUAAGAAAAUAAAUUUCUACUGAUUUGUA